AUGGCCGACGUAGACAAUGAGAUCACUGGGGCGUGUAUGAAUAACAAUGAGUUGACACCAUUUAAGGUCGUCGAUUUGAAAAGAUACCUUGCGAACCGGAAAUUGAAUGUAUCAGGUCUUAAAUGCGAAUUGAUUGAGAGGAUAAAAGGCGCAUAUAGACUUUCUAUAACUGACAAACGCGUGCUGGAGGAGAGAGAUCGGGAAGAAAGAGAGAGAAGAGCAACCGAACGCUUUAUCCUCCCAUGUGGCGAGGGUCUUCCACCGCCAUCAACACUGAAGGCAUGGAAGUCCACUAUUGAUCUGUUUCCUGCUGUAGAGGAAAAGGAUAUAUACAACUACAUUGUACUGAAAAGAGACUCGAAACGUCAAUUGAAGGCGAGGACUUAUUAUGUGGACGGACAUGUACAGAAAGUUGAGGUCCAUCUCAUAAGCGAAGAGUGCAGCCACUGUUAUGUUCAAGCUUCCGUGCUGCCAUCAUUUCCAACUGCAGACAAAAGAAAGUCACCAGAGUACCAACCCUGGAUCCUUCUGUCGAAAGUGACUGGCUGCAUACACUCCGCGUUCUGCAACUGUCCAGCUGGUGAAGGUGAAUGCUGCAACCAUAUUGGUGCCCUGCUGUAUGGACUUGAAGACCUGACGCGUAAAAAAACCCUUGCUCCAACAUCCAAACCCUGUGCCUGGAACAACUUCAGCAUGCUGUCUGCACCACGGAAACGUAAGCUGUCGCCUAGGAAAUCUGAAGAUCUUAUGUUCUCAAAGAAGAAACUGUACAACGUGUCAGUACGUAAAGUUUCUGUAAACAAAAACCAUGAACUGAACUCUAUCAAUGGAUGCACUGUUAACAUUGACAGAUUUAGGCAGAAACUGGUUGGUUCGAAGUUGAAUGUAGGCUGGUUAAAAAAACUUUGAAAUUGAAACAACU